AUGUCUACAGUUUAUACUCGAGAUCGACUUGCAGGUCGAUUGGGGUCUCUUUCCAGUAAACGACUGCCGUUGCAGAAACAAACAACCAGUCAAGAUGCAUUAAAAAAACAAAACAGCUACUCCAAGAUCCUGGCAAAGGUGUUCCACAUGAGAAUGAAGUUUUACUCACGAUUGGCAUUGGUGCUCGCAUUCAUAUACACAAUUCUGGUCAGCUUGCCCUUUAAAAUCAGCCCGCUAUUUUUCCCUGUGAAAGUGUGCCUCUUCUGGUGCUCAUUCAUGCUGUUAAGGUUCGCCAGAGACCUUACUCUGGAAGUUGAGACUACUACCUAUUCGACUCUUUUCCAGCAGAUUUUCGGAUCGCUGCUCUCAGCAGAGUUUGCUACUCUCAUGUCCUCAUUUCUGAUCUCCAAUGUGCUGACAUAUGGGAUCAUCUGGUCGCAGACAGCCAGCCUGUCCUACUACAUUGAGAGUCCUACAAAAACCAUCAAGCCCUUUGUCAAUGAUAAAUUCCUUUAUUUCUGGUUCUUUGCCUUUACCAGUACGCUAGUUUACACAGUCUUCUUCCUCACAAAAGGAAAGAACCAAUUGAAGUUCAACGUUGGUGUCUACAGAGUGGAGCCUUUACAAUACCUCAAAAAUCUGCCAUUGUUGGAGAUUUUAAAGGAGACUAGCAUUUUCAGCAUUGCAGUGACUUUCGCCACACCUCUACUAUUUCUCAUGGUUAGAAAGUUCAUGUUUAACACCAUCUUGUUCCCGUUUAUUUGGCUGCUGAAUCUCAACACCCAUCUUCCCAGGGUCUCCAUUUCGGUAUCACUAUACUUUGGCUUGUUCCUGCUCACAUUCACAACAGUCUUACUGUAUGAGGUUCUGAACGAGAUCUAUAACGCUUACGCCAUGGUGGGAUGCCUGAAUGUCAAGAAACCUUUGAGCGCACACGCAGAAGAUCAGCUGGAAAUACUUUUGACCGGCCUCAAAGACAUCAAGCACCCGUUCGUGAGACUCACAACGUUCCAAGAGCUUGUGUACAUGGCACAGACAGCAGAGGAGAGGAAAUUCUUCUACAAGAACACAACAAAUUGGACCUCUAUUCUUGAGCAAUGCUCGAUCGUGAUCCGCAGCGUGUCGAUGGCUGUGACGGCAGACUUGAGUAUUCCACCGGUGCUCCAGACUCCAAUCCAGAAAAACAGCAUUUUCGGAAACUCAGGAUCCUCCCGAUCGCCCAUAGACGAGGACAAGUCGGACAGGAAAGUGGACUCGCUUUUUUUGCCUGCGGAGAAACCAAAGCCAAAGCCAAAAUCGUUCAUGGAAACAAUACGAGACCGAAUCACCAGUCUUGGAAAAAAUGUCAAAAAGCCAGAGCUGCUAGUGAGACUGGAAAAGGAGUCUCGCAGCAAGAGCACGCGCGAGGCACUAGACUGCGUCUUGUCUAAUCUCGGAGUUCUUAAUGAUGUUUUCCUACCCAACAUCGAGCGUGAGGCUGCAAAACGGGUGCCCAAUAAAGUUAUGGUGGGCGAUGCAGUGCUUGUGAUAUCAGAGGUAUUAUUGCACGCCAAACACGAGGACCGCAAGAACGUUGUUAUUCCUACGUUGACCGAGGUGUUGACGCUUCUGACUCGCCUAUACAAAGCCACAGCAGAGUUCCUUUCCGACCCACCAGCCAGAGAUACAGGUGGCUGUUGUAUCCGCGAGCUGAACGAGUUGACUCUGGACUACUUUUUCAAGCUGGUCGUGCAGUACAACUCUGUGCUGAACGAUCUAAUCCUGGCUCCUGACGUGUUCAAGUUUGCCAAAUGGUGCACUGACACCGCGCUGGACGAGAAAAUGGAAUGGUAA